GGGGCCAGUUAACCGGAGGCUGGAGCGCGGGCGCGCAGUCUGCGGAGCAGCGGCGUGGGCAGUGGAGUGUAGCUGCCCGCCGUCAUGGCUACGGUUCGGGAGAAGGCGGCGGCGCUGAACCUGUCGGCUCUGCACAGCCCCGCGCAGAGGCCUCCGGGUUUCAGUGUGGCCCAAAAGCCUUUUGGAGCCACGUACGUGUGGAGCAGCAUUAUAAAUGCCCUUCAAACCCAAGUGGAAGUGAAGAAACGGAGGCACCACUUAAAAUGCCACAAUGACUGCUUCGUUGGCUCGGAAGCUGUGGAUGUUGUUUACUCUCACUUAAUUCAGAAUAAAUUCUUUGGUGAUGUUGAUAUUCCUCGGGCCAAAGUGGUGAGAGUGUGUCAGGCACUUAUGGACUACAAAGUAUUUGAAGCAGUUCCAACCAGAGUCUUUGGAAAAGACAAAAAGCCUACAUUUGAGGAUAGCAGUUGCAGCCUUUAUAGAUUUACAACAAUUCCUAAUCAGGACAGUCAGCUAGGCAGUGAGAACAAAGUGUGUUCAUCUUCCAGGUACUCAGAUGCAUUGUUUAAGUCAUCUGAUAUCAAGUCGGACAGUUUGGAGGAUCUGUGGGAAAAUCUGAGUUUAAAGCCUGCCAACUCCCCUCAUGUACCUAUCUCUACCAGGCUGUCUCCUCAAGUUAUCAAGGAAGUAUGGCAAGAAGAAACGAUUGGACGUCUGCUGCAACUUGUCGACCUUCCGUUUCUUGACUCCCUACUCAAACAGCAAGAGGUUGUACCUAAAGCCCCCCAGCCUAAGAGACAGCCUGACAUGGUCAACACCAGUAACUACCUGGAUCGAGGGGUUCUCAGGGCCUAUGGUGACUCUCAGGCAGAUGAAUGGGUCUCUGCAGCCAUUGACUGCUUGGAGUAUCUUCCCGACCAGAUAGUUGUGGACAUAAGCAGGAAUUUUCCUGAGCAACCAGACAGAACAGACUUAGUGAAGGAACUUCUGUUUGGUGCUAUUGGCAAAUACUACAGUACUAGGGAGCCUCUGUUGAACCACCUGUGUGAUGUUCAUAACGGAAUAGCAGAACUCCUAGUAAAUGGGAAGACUGAAAUAGCCUUAGAAGCUACCCAGCUGUUUCUGAAGCUUCUGGAUCCCCCAAAUAAAGAAGAAUUUAGAAGACUGCUUUACUUCAUGGCUGUUGCAGCACAUCCUUCCGAGUUCAAAUUACAGAAAGAAAGUGACAAUCGGAUGGUCGUGAAAAGGGUCUUCUCGAAAGCCAUCGUCAACAACAAAAACUUAUCCAGAGGCAAAACUGAUCUUCUUGUACUCUUCUUAAUGGAUCACCAAAAAGAUGUUCUCAAGAUUCCUGGAACUCUACAUAAAAUUGUUAGUGUUAAGCUUCUGGCCAUACAAAAAGGAAGUGAUCCUAAUAAAGACACAGGCUAUAUUUACUGCCAGAGAAUUGAAGGAAGUGACUACUCUAGCAGUACACAGAAGAAAACUAAGGACGAACUGUUGAGUUUACUAAAGACUAUCAAUGAGGAUUCAAAACUCUCUGCCAAAGAGAAGAAGAAACUGCUCGGCCAGUUCCAUAAGUGUCAUCCAGACAUCUUCAUUGAGUAUUUUGGAGACUGAAUUUCUAAUGUCUGUAUGUAUAAACACUUGUAUAUUUUAAGGGCAAAUUAUGUAGCCUAAAGAUAUUUGUAAGCUUGGAUGCCUAAAUAAGAAGUUGUACUUAAUAAAAAUUUUUAUACCCAUUUGUGUCAAAAACUAUUACUCAGAUGGUGUAUUGCUGUAUAGACUGACAUGUUAAGUGAGUUGACUUAUA